AUGGCUGACGAGCAGAAGGUGUUUAUCCCGCCCAAGCGGGUGGACACAGACUAUCCGAUUAUCGACACAGACCCUCACUGGAGAAGAGCAUUCGGAUAUGCAAGAAGAGAAGACUGGUUAUACGGAGCCGGAAUGGCAGCCGUGGGUCCGGCUUUCAUGCUCGUCACGGAACGCUACGCACCCUCGUUUUCCGGCAGAGGCGCAUUCCCCAUGGCCUUUCGACUUGGGUGUGCCGUUGGCCUGAUAGCAGUGAGGUUCUACGGCUGGACGGAAAACGAACGAGAAGUCAAGAUGGACAUGAGGGAGAUGGUGGAUAAAGUUAAGAGGGGGGAGCCGCUUUAUGGCAAGUCAGACCUCACCCCGUACAUGCAAGGUGUGGCGGCGCGGAACAGCAGAUACUCGGCACUGAUGGCAAAUGUGGUACCAUGGGCGAAUUUUGUCAACCACAACCAGCACGGUGUGGACACCGCCAAAUACUAUCAGCAAGCAGAGCGAGAGUUGGAAGCUGAGAGAUUAUCAAAGGGUGGCAAGUGA